ACUCAGUGGCUAAAAAAAGGAAGGCAGAAGGGAAGAGAAACAGAGCAUUUCCCUUUUUCUUUAUCUUCUCUCCUUCUUCGUUUCCCUUUCCCGAUUCUUGCAUACAGCAGCAGACAAUUUGAGAAUGUGCUGUGCGGCUGAGGUUUAAGAGAGAGUGGGAGGCAGAGGAAGAUCUUUGCUUUGUUCGUUUUGGGUAUUUUGUUUAAGCUCGCCGGAGAUUGAUGGCGAGCAUGUCGUCGGACGACGAGCAGCAGAGUGAGGAGAGAUGCGGCAGCUACAGCUUGAGCGCCGACGUCAGCGAGUCGGAGAGCAGCAGCAGCUUCUCCUGUCGCAGGUUCGACGGCGGCGAGGGUGCUUCCAGCUCCAUGACCCCGUCUCCUCGAGGUGAGAGCUUCUGCUUCCCGCCGGCGGGGUUUGUGCUUCCUGUCGUCGGCGGCGGAAGGAAGGAUCUGGGUUGGGACGAGAAAGUUCAGAAGCGAGGGGACGGCGAUUUGUCUGAAGUUGAGAUGAUGAUGGAGAGAUUCGCAAAGCUGCUAUUGGGGGAGGACAUGUCUGGAAGUGGGAAAGGAGUCUGCACCGCGCUCGCCAUUUCAAACGCCAUUACCAAUCUCUCUGCAGCUACUGUGUUCGGCGAGCUAUGGAGGCUGGAGCCUCUGGCGGCGCAGAAGAAAUCAAUGUGGCGGAGAGAAAUGGAGUGGCUUCUCUGCGUGAGCGAUUCGAUAGUGGAGCUCGUGCCUUCGAUUCAGAAGUUCCCUGGCGGAGGGACUUACGAGAUUAUGGCAAGUAGACCGAGGUCGGAUCUCUACAUGAACCUUCCGGCAUUGAAGAAGCUCGAUGCAAUGCUGAUAGGGAUGCUCGAUGAGUUCAGAGAGACCGAGUUUUGGUACGUGGAUCGGGGGAUUGUUGUGGCGGAGGAGCGGGAUGAGGAGGGUUUGUAUCCACCUGGUUUCUCCGGUGGGCGGCCUUCGAUUCGGCAGGAAGAGAAGUGGUGGCUGCCUUGUCCAAAAGUGCCUCCCAAAGGGCUUUCAGAGGACGCGAGGAAGAAGCUGCAGCAGUUUAGGGAUUGCACUAAUCAGAUACUGAAGGCUGCCAUGGCGAUCAAUAGCAGUGUGCUUGCUGAGAUGGAAAUUCCUGCUGCAUACUUGGAAACCUUGCCAAAGAGUGGCAGAGCUUGCUUGGGUGAUCUCAUUUAUCGAUAUGUGACGGCUGAGCACUUCUCGCCGGAAGCACUUCUCGACCACCUGGAUAUUACAACGGAGCAUCAGGCCACAGAAAUCGCUAACAAGAUCGAAGCAGCAUUGCAUGUUUGGAAGCGGAAGGACCAGAAGAAGCACCAUAAAGGUCUUCCGAAAGGUCAUAAGCAUCAUCCAUCUGUUUUGAUCAAUGGUUCCAAGGUUCGAAUCCAAGAUUAUAGGCGUUCGACAUUAGGGAGCAAGGUGAAGGGUCUUGUUGUUGCUAAUGGCGAGAAGAAGCAUUGCUUGGCUCAACGAGCAGAGACCUUGUUACACUGCUUGCACCUACGGUUUCCGGGUCUCCCACAGACUGCCCUAGACAUGAACAAGAUUCAGUAUAACAAGGAUGUUGGGCAGUCGAUUCUGGAAAGUUACUCAAGAGUGAUGGAGAGCUUGGCAUUCAACAUCAUGGCGCGGAUCGACGAUGUUGUUUUUGUGGACGACGCCACAAAGCAAUGUGUGGCAGAAGAAGCUGCAGCUGCUUCAGUCUUCAACAGAGGCGGUCUAGGCGGACUCCCUAUUCAGAAGCGAAUGUCACCUAGCCCCUUCUCCAUCCAACACAGCCCCUUUGCAUCUCCAUUUGCCACUCCGACUUUCUGCUCGUCGACCCCAUUGGCUGGCAGCCCAGAAAGGCAACAGCAGGUGUUGAACAAAAUCAUUAACGAGGAUCGGAAGCUAGGGAAGUCAUUCCCGUUGGAGUAUGACAAGAUAUGGUCGUAUACCGGCAAUCUGAGUGCACGGAGAGUAUCUUCUGGAGAUGCCCCGGAGAGAGAUUGACGACUUUCAGAUUACAUGAAGGUUCUGCUGAAUCACAUUCCUCAGGACGCCUCGAAGAUAGUUUAUAGUAGAAGACUUGGUAGAUUGGUAGUAGAAUUGGUGGUAGUAUCUAACCUUGUAUAUGGUUUAGCAAUAGAAGAACCUUGUUAAAGUUUUGGCCAUGCCCUUAUCAACUGCUAGUUGAGGAAUAGGCUUACUUCUGUCCAUCACUGUUGACUUAUAACUCUAUCCUACUCUAUCGAGCCUUUUUCAGGCCAAUUUCUCAAGUGCCUCCCGAGCUCUUAAAGCAAAUUCACAAGCAUAUUCAAGAAC